GCCAUGAGUCGCUGCCUGGCAACUUGCAAGCAAAGCCUUUGCUAAUCUGUAUGCUUGUUUCGUUAUGUCAUCCAAUCUUUGGAAGACCCCAUUUUCCUCUCCUGAAUGAACAAGCAAAAGCAAAAUCAUGUCAUAUUUUUCCUGACUAUAAACUGCAGCGUAAUUGACAUGUUUCAUCAAUUGUCAAGCUAACCUUUGAUUAACAUCCUCAAGCCCAGCUGAAGGGAGUCGUACAUUUUUUAUUUUUAGAUAGGUUUGAACAAUUGCUUGAUAAAUGACAGUAUGGUGCAUCAGUGGUUUAUCCCACUGGAUAGAUUUCUUGCCGAAAACAUUUCCAAAAUUGCCUGGGUUUCAGCUUCAGUGAAUGUCUUGGCCGUGUCAUGGAAGAAGAGAAAUUAAACAAAAACACACAGAAUGAGACGUCAUGGAAAGCUGAAGAGGAAGAGAACGAAGAUACCAUGAACACUAUUCGUAGUAGGAUAGCAGAUGCUUGUCUUGCGAUAGCAACAUAGGUUAGCUAUGUUGAUGGAGGUCAUCAUCAUGUGAACAAUAUGUAUUUUCGAUGGUGCAUGCCUUUUGUAAUAUUAUUAUGGGGUCAAUAUCUAUUUAUAUGUAAUAUGCAACAUCAAAGUAUAGUCUUUGAAUUGCAUAUGUGUUAGCUAUGAAUCAUCUUCAUUGUCACAAAUUUUCUUUGCAAAAGGGUCGUUCCGCCUACCAAUGUACAGAUCACUGCUUUACAGUCAAUUAGCAUAUAACCAUAUUCACUCAUGGCCCAGGGGCAUUACAGACAAUCCACAGCCAAAUCUACAAUUUCACAGUUGUUUCAACCAAACAGCUUCCUGCUUUUCCACAGCUAGAAGUUCACAGCAGCUUUCUCAAAGCUCAGAGCUCACAGCAGCUUUUUCAGAAUUUGCAGCUCAACCAAACACAACCUCAGUCCGUGUGAGAGAGAAGCCUCUCGCCGGCUGCUGCCUCCCUCCCUGCUGAGAUCUCAGCCGCGCCGCGCUCCCUCUUCCACCGCCUUCCUGUCGAGAUUGCCACCGCCUCCCCGUAUUGCGUGGCGCCACCACAGCCUCCGCUUUCUCCGUGGAGCUCUGAGCCGCCAAGUCCAUAAUUCACAAAUUGGUGAAGUCCACAUAAUGGAGCUCAAAAGCCACUGACACUAAAUAGACUUGGCUCGGGGCAGAACUGAGUGGCUAGGACGCCUCCCAGACCCCUUCACCACCGAGCCCGCCCUCCCGGUGGGGCAUUGACACAGCUGGUAGGCUUUUGAGGGAUUAUAGCCGCAGAAGAAACCUGGCGGGUGGUAUGAGCGCCGAGGCAGGCAACGGGAAGGAGGAAGCCAGGAAGACAGGUUUGGAGGGCACCGGACUGCCCCUUCCAGGUGGCUCCCAUGGCAGCGUGCGAUGCGCUGGCAGCGACCCGCAGUUGAGACAGAUGCUUGAUUCCCUCAAAUCCUCCAAGUCUUCAGCCGUGAUCAACUAUGGCGCCUCAUGGUGCGGUGUUUGCAAUCAGAUUCUUCCACCCUUCUACAAAUUCAGCAACGAAUUCAAGAAUCUUACUUUCGUCUAUGCCCAUGUUGAUGAAUGCCCCGAAACAACUCAGAACAUACGAUACACCCCGACCUUCCAUUUUUACCGGGAUGGAGAAAGGGUGGAUGAGAUGUUUGGUGCAGGGGAAGAGAGGCUACGGGAUCGGUUGUGGUUGCAUUCGUGAUUUCUAGGCUUUGGCUUGCAGUGCUGCUGUUUUCAUGUACUUAGUUAUGCACUGUACCUCGGAUUUAUCCUUUUUCUGAAGUCUUGUUUGAUGUGGAAAGGAAGGGCAAUGUUAAACUGAUUAGCGUGUUGCUAGUUUCUCUCCCAGGCAGAAGCCAUUAUUUUUCAUUAUUUACUCGCAAAGCAUUUUACACUGUAAUUGAACCAUGACUGUAAUACAUCAGCAACUAAUGCUGCUAGUGAUGGAAGUGGGUUGUUCUGGUAUCUA